UUUUGAGCUUCAAUUUGGUUAACGAUGUGUUAUGUGAUGAUUGUAUCACAAUCUCGUGACAGAAAACGAUCUCAUAUGUAACACGAUAGGAAGUGAAAUAUUACGUAGUUUAAUUAUUCGAUUGACCUCAUACGGCCCAGUUGCUCGACGGUUAGCGCCCACGCGAAGUGAAAUAAACGACCCAGUCAUUGAAGACUGAGGUCGAAUUAUUCUCAAUCUGGUGACCAUAUCGUGUAUUAUUCGUGUGUGCAGUGAAGCGAACAGAUCAUGUCUCGACCAAAACCACAAUGGCAGCUGCAGGCUUUAGCAGCACAAAGACGUGACAACGAACGUCGUAAGGCUGAAGAGCUGCGUAAGAUUGCAGAUUACUUUGAGACAAAUACCAACAAAUCACGCCACCAUGAACUUUGGACCACUGAGGAUUAUUAUGAACGAGCCAAGAAAGAAGCUGAGAUACUCCGGCAGAAGAAAAUGCGAUCAGCAAAACUAGAAGAAAGGCGUAAAAAGUUGGAACUAAUGCUGUUCCAAGAAAAUAUGCAAUACCAACAGGAGUUGAAAAUGUUAGCCGCUCAGCCUAAAUACUACAAGAAUGGUUCCUAUCUCAACAAAGUGCCAACUUCAACUCUGCAAGAGAUCAACCAGGGAAUCAUGGAAAAGGAGGAGCAAUUGCGAAGACAUGAGGCGGAACUCCGCCUGCAUCAUGCAUGGAGAUUGCGUCAGCCUGAGCUGAGGGCUGCCAACACUUAUGUUGCUAAUGGAAAACUUAAAUCUGCUUGGAUGGAACAAAUAGUGGAAAAAGAAUUACAAAAGAAGAAAGAAGAAGAGGAAACCAGAAAAUGUCUACAGGAAAGGGACGAGUCUCUCCGCAGACAGAUUCAAAUAGAAGAAGAGAGAUUAAAAGAGAAAGAGCUACAAAUGAAGGAGCUCCAUGAAAGUUUAGAAGGUCAAAUAGCAGAACUAAGUGAGAAAGAGACAGUCGUCAAGAAAUUGAGAAAGCAAGAAGAGAAAGAGAAGAUGAUAUUAGAUGAGUUACGAUUCAUAGCUGAAGAAAGAGAGAGAGAACACGCACGGCUUGUAGCAGAAAGAGAUACGAAUCUUGUAAAUAUGGGCCUGCAUAAGUAUAAAUUGAAGAGGAAAGUAGCCGCAGUUAUGAGAGAGAUAGAGUUAGACUUGAAAAUGCUGGAGAAAUUGCAGAGUGCUGUUAUAAAGGAUUUGGAGUCGGAACAAGAGAGAUGUGUUAGUUACAAGAGAGUCCUGGAGGUGGCGCUGCGCGAGGUGGAGGAGUGCAGAGAGAGAGAGCGUCAGAGAGAGAAGAACAUUGAGACGAUGUACGACGGCGAGGCGAGGCAGAUCAAUGAGAAACAAGACAAGCUCUGGGCAAAAGAGCGCGAAGCACGCUCCAUACUAAUGCGGGACGUGGUGACGUCACUAAGAAGACAAAUAGAAGAGAAGAUAGAAGUCGGUAGACAGCAGCAGCGAGUCAACGUGCUGGAGAGGGAGAAGAUACUCCAGGAAAUGGAGGACUUCCACCAGCAAGUACGCGCCAAGGAGCGGGAGACACAGUUGAAGAAUACAGAAUACUCGACGAUAGCGGCGCUGCAAUCGCAAUUAAAUGGUCUCAGAGUAGAGAAGGAGAAGUUGGAAGAAGUGGCGGAGCGGGAGGCUGACGUCAGAGCCGCCAUAGACAACGAGAAGAAGUUACGUACAGAGAUCGCACGGAUGCAUAGAGAAGGGAAUGUUCAGGCAUGGUCUUAACAUUAUUUCCACUAGCGAAAUAUCUACGAAAUCAUGUUAUCCUUCUCAUUAUUUAAAAGAAGAAAAGAGGGGUAAUAU